AUGGGAUCGGAUGUCGAGCAAAAUGCCUUACUUCCUCUGACUGUGUUUGAUCUAGUCUUUCAACAAACAACCUUCGUUACUGGGUGGCUCGUCGAGGGGACUAUCGACGAGAAAGCGUUGAGUUACGCGUUGGACAGACUCACUCAAAAAUGGCGCAUGCUUGCCGGAAGACUGCAUUCUAUCAAAAGCCCCACCGAGACGAAGUGGUUCAUAAGGAUACCACUAGGCCCAAUCCCCGAUGAUUACCGUACAUACGCGUUGACAACGGAAAUCUCACAGCGCCCGCUGUCCAGCUACGUCUCAAUUCCCAUUCCACAAAUAUCCAAUUCCCCACCUCCCGCAGUCUUCUGUCACCCUCUGACGCCGCGCCAGUACACCGCAUGGGAAUCGGCAGACUACCCGUUAACGUGCUGGCACCUGACCUACUUCCCUGCGUCGGCUAAUGGUGGAACUGCUUAUACCGGUAUCGGGUUCGCUCGUUCGCAUGCGGUAUUCGAUGGCGUAGGUGCUGCGCUUGUUAUGAAUGCUCUUGUUGCGGAAAUGCGGGGACAAGAAUGGGCUGUCCCCCCUUUGCCAUCUGGAGGGUUAAUUUCUAAUCCCGUACAAGAGGCGUUGGAUUUGGAAGCUGGUGCUGAGGAAGAAACCCUAGAGCGUUAUCCAGAUUAUAAUGCUUAUACGUCCCUUGGAUUAGGCGGUCUCCUGAAAGUCAUAGCCUGGCAUGUGGGAGAAAGAUAUUGGAGGGGUGCUGAUAGGCGCAUUAUUCUCCUUCCGAAAAAUAUCGUAAAGUUGCUCGUGGACGACGUACGAUCUACUCUUCAACGGGAGAGUCAAGUGACCACUCAUGUUACCACUGGGGAUAUUCUGACCGCGUGGAUCUUCAAGACGAUAUAUUCCAGCGGCAUAGAUCCAAAUACACUCGUCCACUGCACAAACCUCGCGUCUUUCCGUUCACUUCUUCCAAGCAAAACCCACUCUUUAGCAGAUUACCCACACAAUGCCUUCAUUCCAGCACCUUACCCCCUCAUGUCCGCUGCAGACCUGAGCUCCUCCCCUCUUCACGAACUAUGCAACGUCUUAGCGACUUCCCGGCUCUCUUUAACAACUUCACACGUCAUCCAAGCAUACACCACCAUAAAUUCCAUUUCAAGAGCGUUUCCCAAUAACCCUGCUGCUGGAGACACACUCGUGAUAUCCAACGUAUCUGGGUCUAGGAUUUUGGAAUCUGAUUGGUCCCCUGUUGGAGCGAAGAGGACGCUGUGUAGUUAUCGAUACCAGUUGACACCGCAUAAGCUGCUCCUUACGAAUGCUGUUUUCAUUUCGGGGAGGUUGGAUGAUGGGAGUGUGGUGAUUGAUGUUACUUUGACUGAGCACCGCUUGUCGCUUUUGGUUGCUGAGAUUAACAGGUUGGGUAGUAGUGGAAGUGGGUUCAGUGAUCAGCACGACUCUCUUGAUUGA